AUGGGAAAGAAGGUGAAGAAGGAGAGCGAAACUCCAUGCAAGGAAACGUUCGAGCCUCUACCUGUUGAGGGCAAAACUCCAGCAACAGUAGUGCUGCUGCUGAGCUCCCCAGAGGAGGACAUCCUAUUCAAAGCAUGUGAAGCAAUCCACACAUUUGCAGAAAAAGGAGAUGAGAACAAGCUUUCUCUGUUGGGACUCGGAGCAUUGGAGCCUCUCUGUCAGCUCAUCACUCACAACAACAAGCUGGUCAGACGCAACGCUUUCAUGGCCCUGGGCACCAUGGCCACCAAUGGUGAUGUGAAGAAUGCUCUGAAAAAAAUAGAUGUCAUUCCAUCGAUCAUUGACAAACUGUCACUUGAAGAGGAUACAGUUGUCCAUGAGUUUGCAACACUGUGCCUGGCCUCUCUGUCAGUGGAUUUCAUCUGCAAGGUCCAGAUCUUUGACAACAAGGGCCUGCCACCUUUAAUCCUGCUUCUGUCCAGUUCAGACCCUGAUGUGAAGAAGAACUCGCUAGAGAUCAUCUUUAACCUGGUUCAGGAUCAACAAAGUCGUCUGGCAGUACAUAAGUUGGUCGGGAUCCCUCCAAUUCUGGAACUGUUGAAGUCGGACUUCCCUGUCAUUCAGCAUUUAGCUCUAAAGACGCUGCAGAUUAUCACAACUGAUAAAGAUACACGCAACACCUUCAGGGCAGAGCAAGGAUUUGAGAAGCUCAUGGAUAUCCUCAGCAACACGGCCUUCACUGACCUCCAUGCUGAGGCCUUACAAGUAGUUGCUAACUGUGUGAGUGACAGUGAGAGCUUACAGCUAAUCCACAAGGAUGGAGGACUGACGAGGUUGAUGGAGUUUGUUCUCACCCCCAGCACGCCUGAAGUCCAGUUCAGUGCUGUUAAAUGCAUCGCCAGGGUUGCUGAAAGCUCUGAGAAUCGCAAACUGCUCCAUGAGCAGAAUGUGGAGAAGGUUCUGGUAGAGCUUCUGUCUGUGGCGGACAUAGGCAUAAAAACAGCUGCCUGCAAGGCUGUGUCGGUUAUGAGCUUCCACCUAGCCAGCAAAGACUGCUUUAGAGACCUGGGUGGUAUCCCUGCAGUUGUACAGCUGUUGAAAAAUGAAGAUUUGGCAUUGAUAGAGGCAGUAACUCAGGCCCUCUCUAACCUCACACAUAGCAACCAGCUCAACGCAUAUGCAGUGCAUGAGGCGGGAGGCCAUGAGAUGCUUGUCCAGCAGCUGUAUGCAAGCUGCCCCAGGACAGUGGCCAAUUCUGCUGCCACACUUGGCAACAUGGCAAGACAGGAAGUCAUUCGCUGCAAUAUCUUGUCACAUGGAGCCGUACAGGGUCUGGUGGAGCCAAUGAAGUCGACAGAUACACAGGUCCUGGUCAACACCACUCUGUGCCUGGAAGCUCUCGUCUGUGAUGCAGAAGCAAGGGCAGAGCUACAAAAUGCUGGAGGCCUUCACCCACUGGUCAGUUUGCUGCGCUCCCAGCACAAGGAGGUGCUGCACAAUGCAUGCUUGGCUAUCAAUGUCUGUGCCAGUGACGUGCCUGCUGCUGUGGAGAUGUGCAAACUUGGAGCCCUGGAGAUGCUUCAGGAAAUCAACCAAUCAGUGAAUCGAAGGAGCAGCUUCAGCACGUUAGCCAUGAUCAGCCUGCUUAACUCCAACUUGUCUGUCAAAUACAGCCUGACAGGUCAUCUGGCCUCCACUGACAUUAUCACUGAUGGCUUUUACGACACUGGGAAGGCUCGUGCAGGCCAAAGGAUUCUGACUUUAGAGGAACUGUCCAAGCAGCCAGUCAACGAGCAUCGGCCCAUCAUUGUUGUCAACACAACAAUCGAAGAGGCAGAGGAUGUGCCAGAAGAGAGGCAGAGCAACCCAUCAGAAACAGAAACCAGCAGCAAGGGAGACCGCAAGACACCAAGGAAGAAGAAGGAGGAUGACAAACAAAAAGAUGAGACCCAGCCUGAGUCUCCUACAGAGAAAGCAUGGAAGAUGAUAGACGAUGACUCGUUGCAGAUUCUAGUUAAAGAGGUCAAGGAAUCCAUCCUCCGACUGAGUGAUGAACGAGAGCAGUAUGCUGCCUUGGCCAGGCUGGUGAGUGAAGCCAUGGGUGGAGCUGUGGAGAUGGAAAAGUUGCAUGAAUUCCCGUGGGUGCUGCACCUCAGCGAGCUCAAGUUUCAGCUUCAGUCUAAUAUUGUUCCCAUUGGUCUGAUCAGCAGGGGAAUCUACUGCCAUAGGGCAUUUCUCUUUAAGUAUCUGGCUGAUUGCAUUGGACUGAGCUGCACACUUGUUAGGGGUGAAUACAACCGAGCUUGGAACGAGGUACUCCUCUUCAAUGGGAACAUCUCCAGGAAUGAGCGCUCUUCACAGCCUUGCCGCUACAUAGUAGACCUUAUGCACCAGCCGGGAAGCCUGCUGAAAGCCAGUACCCCUGCUGCUGUGCAAUACCAGACAUUUAACUAA